GCUCUAUGUGUCCCCGAGAAAAUCUACCACAGAUCAGAGAACGGACUCACCUUUAAAAUGGUGCCGACAGGUGUUGGAUAAUCCCAGCCCUGAGACAGAAGCAGCCUGCCGAACUCUGAUCAACAGACUUGAUCAAGCCAGUAGAUGGAAAAACCUGUAUUGCAGUCCAUUGGCAUCACCAAGCGCACAUAAUUUGAAUACAGAGACAGGCUCCUGUAGCAAUGCACUAAACUCUCCCGGGCAUCUCAAAUCGACUAACAAAGCACUACUAACCUGUGGCAGCUCAGGUUACUUGAGCAUGCAUUCUGCGCUGAGCUCCCAGUCGUCUGUGGACAGUGAGCUGAGUACGUCUGAUGACUCCAUCUCUAUGGGAUAUAAACUGCAGGACUUGACUGAUGUCCAGGUUAUGGCACGCCUUCAGGAAGAAAGCCUCCGUCAGGAUUGUGCCUCCAGCUCUGCUUCUGUAUCACGUCGCAGUUCCAGUGCCUCCCUUCACUCUCUGCGAAGAGGUACCUACAGCGACCAGGAGUUUGACACGUACAGCCUUGAGGAUGAGGAUGAUUACGAUUGUUCCCUGUCAUACCGUAGUGCUCACAGAUACUCACCAUCUCCGCUCAGUUCCCCCCGAUGUCAGUCCCCUUCCUCCAGCACAGAUUACAGCAGGGCAUCUACUUCCCGUAUCCGUCCUCCAAGGAGAUCUGUGCAAAGUCCAAUGCAAGACCGGCUCAAGUAUGCAAACAGCGAAGAGGAGAUGCGCCACAGCAUGCCCAACCUGGCCAGGACGAGCCUUCGAGCUUUGGAGUCUGUACGGAGCAGUCGGAGCUUGGAGUCAGAUCUACAGGUGCCCAGCAGUCGAAUUCCAAGAACUCAGCAGCGGUCAGCAGGUCUGGCUCCCAGUAAGCUCAGGUAUUCCUCCAGUGCUGGGCAGUCUCCCUUAACCGUGCGACAACCGAUGAAAGCAGGGUCAUGCACAAACUCUCUGUUAACACCCAGGCAGCCAGUAAAAGCCUGCAGUUACACCAGUCCUGUUAGCGCAGUUCGAAAACCACAGGCAUCUUUGCUUAGUACAGGCUCUUCCAGUAGCAGUUGCACUACCAGAAGCAGUAACAUAGUCACUGUGGCAAAAAAUUCACCCAUUAAAGCACGCACAUCUCUUGGAGGAACCUCAGUGCCCAAGAACAAGCCAACGCCACCAUCCAAGAGAUUCCUUCCAUCAGCACAGCCUGCUCAGGCCAGCGAGGAUGAUUCCUGGAAGGAGGGGUGUUACUGA